AUGUCUUACGAGUCGACAAAAACUAGUACGAAUACAGCUGUUAGCAGUAGCGGUGGUGGAGAAAUAAUGGCCAGUGAAAUGUCAUCACACACAGCAGCAAAUAAUUUAUAUUCAAACAAUAAUAAUCCUAAUAGACUACAAGCUAUGAUUAUGAAUCCCAUGAUGGGUACUGGUAAUUAUUUUAAUGGACCACCACAAGGUACUCCUCAACAAGCUCAAAUGCCAUAUCGUCCUAUGUAUCAACAAUAUCCACCAGGAUCUCAUCACCAUCCUCAACAUCACCAAAUUUUAUCGCCAUUUGACACAUACGAAUCACGUACAAGUGGUUAUUAUUCAUCAUAUUGUCAUGAUACUGGUGUUUAUGAACAUCAGCAAGUAUCAGCAGGAAGACAUUAUUAUGGAAAUUACGGCGAAAACCAAUCGUCACCAUAUUCUUCAAAAGAUGGUUGUUUGCCAUCAUCGUCAACAACAAAUAAUAAUGCCGAACUGAAUGCAACUGAUUCAACAACAGCAUCACAUGAUCAACAACAGCAAGGUGGUAAUAUGGCGAUGGCAACAGCACAAACACCACCAGGGAAUAGCAGUUAUAGCAAUUCCUCCAUGAUGCCACCGCCUCAUCCAACAUCGAAGCAACAACAACCAUAUGCCAAUUAUUCACAACAACAAGGCGACAUGUAUAGUAGAACAUCAAAUAAUGGUAGUGCACCUCAAUAUGUUCCUCAAUACGCACAGUAUCCACCUGGAAGUGCUGGAAUGAUGAAUCCACGAUCACCAGCACCUAAUACGAAUGCUUAUCGGCCACCAUAUCCGUCUGGAUCGCCAUAUCAAAAUGGAAUAGGAUCACCAUCAACAACAUCAUCAUCGGGAAAGUCUACGUCUCGUUCUCAACAACUUUCACCUAAACGCUCAAAUUCACAAUCAACAACACCACCACAACAGCCACGUUAUCCAACUCCAUAUCCAUCUUAUUCAAAUGGACCAGUCGCAUAUAAACCAGGUGGUUCUAAUGGCUACGGACCACCAAAUUCACAACAACAACAACAACAGCAACAACAACAGCAACAAUCAUCAUGGCCUCCACCACCACCAGUGCAACGUGAUGUUGUUACACCAGGUUUAGCUAGUAGUACUGGUGAUUCAGAUUCCAAUUCAAGUAAUGCAUCGCAACAACCGGCAUCAUAUUCAUCUACCACACUGACAAACGGACCAACAACAGGAGGUUAUCCACAAUCAAUGUCAUCUGCAUAUAAUAGUGGUAGUAAUAUGAAUGAUCCAACAAAUAAUAUGAAUACAAGUGGACAUCCUUAUAUGGAUUCACAAUAUCCUAAUAUACCUCAGCCAAACUAUGGCUAUCCUCCACAACAAAUGAAUCCAUAUGGUAAUCAUCCACCACAGAUGCAUGGUCAACCAACAAAUGAUUUUCGUCCUCCACCUAUACAAUCUAUGGAUGAUGAUAGUAGCGCAUAUCGUAAUAAACCACCAUUGGCAAUGAUGAUUGAUCAACAACAACAACAAUCUCAUCAUCCAACUCUUCCAACUUCAUUAUCAUCACAAGCACAAUCUAUAUCAUCAUCAACCAAUGGACCGAAAUCACCUAGUGGUACAAGCAUGUCAUCAUAUGUUCCAGAUGAUGCUGAUUCUAGUAAUUCAAGUUUUCCUGAUAGUCCACCACCAUCACAUGAGAAAGGUCAACAAAAACGUAAACUUUCAUCUGCAACAUCAAAUGCACAUAGUACACCAGCUGAAGUUUUUACUAAAUUACGUGAUAUGGGUGAUGAAUCAGAACGACAAGAACGAUAUUUGUUUGUUGAACGUUUACAAAAGCUAUGGGAAGAAAAUCAAAUUGUUUGCCGUAAUUUACCAAGUAUAUCAAAGCAAACCAUUGAUCUUUAUCGCUUAUAUACGUGCGUACGUGAACAGAAUGGUUUUCAAGAAUUUUCAAAAGUUGCUAAAAAUCGUCAUUGGCGUGAUAUAGCAUCGAAACUAAACAUUCCGAAUUCAUCAAGUGCAGCUUUUAAUGUUAAACAAAAAUAUAUUAAUCUAAAAUUAUUUCAUUACGAAUGUAAAUAUGAUCGUGGUGGAAUUAAUCCUGAACCCAUAUUAGGUGAAAUCGAAAAACAACAAGGUAAACGUACAAAAACACCAAAGAAAGGAGCUAACAACAGUGGUACAGCAGCGAAUAAUACAAAUGAUAGCACAAAUGAUGGUAAAACAGCCUCUCCACAAGUACAUUCGCAAUCUCAACCACCCGUUUUCUCCCAACAACAACCGCAGCAACCACCUGUUCAAGAUCCUUAUCGAGGCUAUCCUCCACCACUAUCAGCGCAAAGCCAUCCGCAUCAAAUGGGUCAUCCUCAACAACAAUAUCGACCAAUGCAAAUGCCCAUGCAUCCAUAUGGUACACCAGGCAAUGAAAUGCAACCACCCUAUGAUCCAUCAUCAAGUGGACAAAUGAUGUAUAGUAAUCUUGAAAUGGAUUAUCAACGUGUUGGUUAUCCACCAGGACAACAACCUCCGCAGAUGAUGAAACCACCAUCAAACGUCUAUGGGAUGCCACCACCUCCACAAUCACAAGUUGCACAACCACCAUCAUCAAUGGCACCACAACAUCGACCACCAGGACCAUAUCCAUCUAUCGCUUCAAAGCCACAACAACAAAUGGUUCCUUCGUCACAACAAGAUUAUAAUGCACCAUCAACAUCGAAUGUAAUGUGUGCUCCACCUAAUCAACAAGCACCGCCAACACAAGUGUCGCAACCACCGCCGUUGCAACAACAACAACAGCAGCAGCAGCAACAGCAACCACCAACAUCGGCAACAGGGCCACAACAAACGUACCAUUAUCAACCUCAACAACCAAUGCCAAGCGCAUAUCCACCAUUGGGCUAUCAACAAUCACGUCCACCAAUGAUGAGUGGGCCACCACAAACACACGAUCCAUACUUAUCUCAACAAGUUCCACCUAAUCAAACAUAUCCAAAUCAAGUUCCGCCAAAUUAUAUGUAUAAAAAAUCUGAAAGUUCAACAACAGAUUCAUCUAAUCUCGAUAAUCAAGAUGUUAAUAAAGGAAAUAAAAUAUUAAUGAAUCAACUUCGUUCAUCAUUUUCAAAUACAUCUAUGUUACCAACAUCGACACCUAUUUCAAUUUUAACUUCAUCAACAACAUCAGCAACGUCAACAAAUGCUACCAUAACACCGUCAUCAAUGCCAACAACUAGUUUUCCUCCGAAUUCAAUUGAAGCAACAACGCUUUCUUCAAAAGUUAAACGUAAAAAGUUAACAGCCAAAGAUGUCACUCCAGUCGAUCCAUGGAAACUAAUGAUGUCAUUACGUGGUGGUUUACUUGCUGAAACGACAUGGGCAUUAGAUACAAUUAAUAUAAUGUUAACAGAUGAUCAAACUCAUACAUAUUUUCGUUUAAAACAAAUGCCUGGUCUAUUACAAGCUAUUGUUGAUAUUUAUCUUAAAUGUUUAACACAAUUAUUUGAUGAAUUUAAAAGUUCACCAUCAAAUAUUGAAGAUCAACAACCAUUAUUAAAAGAUUUAAAUGGUUCAUCACAUUUAACAUGUACAACAAUAAAAAAGCAUGAAAAUAAACAGCAAGAGUCAACUAUUUAUCGUGUUGAAUCAAAUUCAUUAAAUAAAUAUAGACGAAAAUACAAUAAAGAACAAUCAGUUGUUUACGAUCGUGUUUGUGAUGAGCAAGGCAAUGAAAAGACCGAUCCAACCGAUGUAUUAGAUCUGCAGAAUACAGAUGAUUUAAGUUAUGUACGUACACAUUUUGAUCCAUUUCGUGUUGAUGAUAAUUUUUAUGAAGAACUUUACUACGGUAAUCAUACAGAUCAUUCAUUAAAUAAUUCGUAUGAACAAGAAACAACGAAAAAAUCUCAAAUAUCAUCGCGUAAACGUACAAAAAUAUCUGGCGAUGAUGAUGAUAAUAAUAAUAAUAAUAAUAAUAAUAACGACGCCGGAGAAGCAGUCAUUAAUGAAAUAACACCAUCAGAUAAUUCAAAACGUCGUCGAUAUGAUUCGGAUUCAUUAAUUGAAAUCUCAGAUAGUAAUCAAGAAUUUCUUGAACGUUAUAAACGAAGAUUUGAAUAUGAUGAAAAUCAAACAUAUGAACUCUAUUCUGGUAUAUGUUCAUCUUCAUCAUCAUCAUCAUCGUCAUCAAUGAAUAAAUUAAAUCAUAAAGAUUUUGAUUCAUGUACAAGGUCAAAUGAUCAACAAGACAAUGUAUCAUCAUUAUUUACCUAUCAUUCAAUUGCAUAUGAUCAAAUAUGUGCACGUUGUACAUGUGUAUCAUCAAUUAUACGUAAUCUCAGUUUUAUCUUAGGCAAUGAUAUUGAAUUGGUUAAAUGCAAAACACUAAUUGGUUUAUUAGCUCGUCUCUUAUUACUCAGGCAUGGCAUUGAUCACAAUCAUAUGUCAGAUAAUCAAUCAUCUAUGGACGAAACAGUAAAUCAAAAUCAAUUAAAAACUGACGAACAAAAAUGUUCACCAUCAUUUUUUUGGGCAGAAUGUGUAUUAAAUGUACGUGAAAAUACUCUUGUUACAUUAGCCAAUAUUGCCGGUACACUUGUACUUGAUAUAUUUGAUUCGGAUUUAUUGUAUACAUUAAUCGAUGGUCUUUUACAUUGGUCAACAUGCUACUCGGGCGAAGCUAUUGAUUCAUUACAGUCAUCGUUAUUAUCAGCACAACGUUUAGCGAUCGAAAUUUUAACAAAAUUAAGUGUACAUGAAAUGAAUAUGGAUUUUAUAUUAGCAACACCACCAUUCUAUCGUAUUGUAUCAUUAUUUCAUGUUUUAACUGAUUGGUUAAUUGUUGAUGAUAUCAAUGGCGGUAUAUCAAAUUGGCAUCCACCAUCACUAACAUCAUCAACACAUUAUUAUGCAAAUGUAUCACGGCCACAAUCACAUAUACAACGCGAAUUUGCUAUUGUUCUAUUAAAUGCAUUAGUACGAUGUGAUUCAUUAGCUUCAAGUGUUAUUGCACACAUACCGUACGCUAUAUCAUUAUUAUUGAAUUUCUUAGAAGAUUAUGAAAUGAAAACAAAUGAAUUAAUGGUACGUUAUGGUCCUGAUUAUGUUAUACGUUUAACAACUCAACCAUCAAAUACUCAACAUGCUGAACAAAUUCUAUUUACAACAGGUGAUAUGUUGAAACGUGCAGCAACAUGUUUAUUAUCAAUAGUUAGUUAUUCGGAUAAUAUUAAAAUGGUGAAACGAUAUGAAGAUCGAAUAUUAAAUUUAUCUACUUCGCAUGUUAUUGAUUCAAAUGUUGGACGUGUUCUUACAGACGUUUUGCACUAUUGUUCAUUGCACAACAGUUGA